AUGGUAAGAAGUCAAAUUUUCGUUCUCUUGGGACUUUUUGUGACCACUGUAGGAGGUUUCAACAGGUCAGCAUGUCCAGCAACCCUUACUCCAGCACCCGGCACCACGGGAGUUAAACCUGUUCUUGAGCGAUACGAAUCAGCGUUACUUAUGAUCCUUGGAUUUGGUGGAUUUUCUAUACUGCUAGCAGUGCUCCAUAAUGCUGUUCGGAAAUACGUCUUCCAUGACGAGCAUAAUCUAGAUACUACAUUUGACGCCGGCGGUAACGUCAGUUUGAGUCUUACGGCUGUGACGGUCGCCUCCCAGCUGUUCUGGCCCGGGGACAUUCUCCACAGUGCUACCCUUACAACAAAGAAUGGAGUCGCAGGCCCAUUUUGGUACGCAGUAGGGAUCAUGAUUAACAUCUUUAUUUUCCCAAUAUUUUCAGUGCAAUUUAAAACUCGGGCACCUGGAGCUAAAACUUAUUUACAGAUUAUUCACGCUCGUUUCGGCAAGUCUGCUCACGUGGUAUUUUGUGUGUUUGCCUUGGUCACUAACCUGGUUAUAAUGAUUGGGUUGUUGCUUGCGGGUCGAGCUACCAUUAAGUCCCUUACUAAAGACACCUCGGACGAAUUCUCCUUGUUUGUAAUGGCGGUUCUGUUUGGGUCUUAUUCUCUGGUCGGAGGAAUUGGGACGACAUUUUACGUGUCUUACUUUAAUGCUUGUCUUGUAUUCAUACUUUUAAUAGUAUUCGUUGUUAAGAUCCUUCACAAUGAUUCAAUCGCCUUUGAUUCCAUUGGCGAUGUCUCCAAGAUGUAUGAAUACAUUUCAUGCGUCAAAGGGCCUCCUGAAAACGAAAACUACAGCUUUUUAACCUUUCGUUCUGGUGUAGCAAUUCUUUACGGGGUCAUUGAGGUUUUUGUUUCUUCAGCGGUCACGUAUUGUGACCAAGCUUCAUGGCAGAGCCGCAUUGCUGCAAAGCCAAUACAGGGAGUCUGGGGGUUCAUUUUGGCGGGUUUCAUGUGGUUCGCUAUUCCUGCCACAAUGGCAACCACAACCGGUAUGGCAUAUCUUGCCUUAAGCAUGGAAAACGGAACACAUCUGUUGACACCAGGUCAGAUUGAUGAAGGUUUGGUAACACCACUUAUCGCUGAGAAGGUUUUGGGUUCCUCGGGUGGCAUAUUGAUUCUGACUAUGGGUGCUAUGGCGCUGAUGUCAACAGGUUCGGGGGAGGUAAUGGCGAUAUCCUCCAUCAUUGUCUAUGACAUCUACCAGACCUACGUCAGACCGUUCAGAGACGGAAUGAAGAGAAGGCAGUGUGUUUUAUGUGGAAAAAAUAAGAAAAGGACUCUGGUUGUCACUUACGAGAGUCGAAAUGAUCUUCACUGUCAAUGCACCAGUGUCGUACGCUGUCAUGGCUGCGCAGAAGAUAUAGUUCGAAGAAACCAGGUCACUGAGAAUUGCAUCAAGCCUCGUUACGAGUGUCCAAUCCACGGGCAAUACCGACAGUAUCAGGACAAUCUUAUCCAAUUCAAAAACUGGUGUAUUGUGCUAGUCACUAUCGCCAUUAUUCCUCUGGGAAUGUUGGUUUUUGAGUCUGGGAUUGAUCUGAAUUGGAUUUUCUAUGUCGGUGCCAUCGUUACGAUUCCUUGUUUUCCACCAGUUCUUCUCUCCAUCAUGUGGGUGAAAGCCACUUCAAGGGGCCUUAUUACAGGAGGGAUAUUUGGACUGAUAUGUGGUAUUACCGCAACGUUGUCAGCAGCAACUAUGUAUGAGGGAGGUCUCAAUAAUUUCCUGAUCAACACAGUCCAGGAUCAUGCUAUUUUAGCGGGAACUUGUGCUAGUUUUGGUGGCAGUUUGUUAGGAUGUAUUAUCAGUUCGUUAAUUACGCAUCAAAUUCGAUGUCCUGAAGAUGCAAAUGAAGAAUGGCAAAAACUGUACGACAUUGACAAUCCACUAAAUCCAUGGGAGUUAAAUUACAAAGAAGAACUGAAGGAUCUUCAUUUUGAUACAAAACCAACUUUUGAACAAAUGUCUGCUCAAUUUCGUAAAGCAAAGAUGGUAGCGUAUAUUGGCGGCGGGAGUAGUAUAGUUUUAAUGGCACUCGUGAUACCAGGGAUCAUCAUGGCCAGCUACUCAGUGAUGAGUGAAGGACAAUUCUCAGCUUGGGUCUGGUUCACUCAGGCAUGGGCUGUUGUCAUGGCAAUUGUUGUCAUAGUAGCGCCGCCUGCUGAGGAAAUUUCUCGAAUAGUAAAGCAGUACCGCAAAAACAAAGAAACUAUUAUGGAUGCAAACGAAACAGUGGAUGAAGUUUUACUGAAAGAAGUCAAUCAUACUGAAUUUCACGACCCAUCCCAGCCAGUGGCAAAAGUUUGAGAACUUCAGUUGUUGGAAAGGUUUAUAUAGCCAUUUGCAUUGUUUAUAAAUGAGAUCUGAAAUUUCGAGUAACUUUCAUGUAGCCAACCUAGUUUUUUCCUCACAUCGGUCAAUUCUUUCCAUCCAGCUUCCCCCAUUUUGCAGAACUUUAGACAGGUAAAUCGUGACCUGUUCUCUGUACUUUAUACCCCACUAUACAGAAAUAGUGGGGUAUUUUUGUAUGGAACGAUUAUUUUGGGGUUUUCACGAUUUUUUCCUAUGGUAUACAUGAUGAAUAAGUGUAAUAAAUAUAAUUUGUGAAAAGAAAGUCCAACAAAC